AUGUCAAACGUCGAGUUCGAAGUCGCUGAUCACAAAGAAGAAAUCCGAAAAUUCGUCUGCCUCGGAAACCUAUCCAGCUAUAACGGCAGCGCUGUGACAAUCAUGGGCAAAAUGAAAGCACGAAAUAGCGAGACAUCGAUCACCAUCUGGGAUGGUUCCGGCGAUGUCGUACUCACUGCCGACGACGAGGAGUUCUUUGCAUUUCUCAUGGAAGAAAACUACGUUGUCGCAGAAGGCUUUGUGAGAAGCGACAAUCAAAUCGAAGUCAGAGAGGUCUCAGAGCUUGACGAUGCCAACGAUGAAACCCUGAAGCUUAGAGCCCAAACUGCACUUAUGAUGGACAAGUGGGCCGGCGUCGUUUACGCUCAAUAA